UCACUCUCAAGCUGCCAAGAGUGGUUUCCUUUCGGACAUCUUCGUGGCCAGCACUCUCGUGAAUUGCUACAUCAGAUGUGGAAGCAUUGACGAUGCGGAGAAGAUUUUCGAAGUGGACACGAAGAGAAGGCACUGAGUUUGUUUCAGUGCAUGCAGUCGCAGGCUCGUCGAUGUCAACCGGACGAGCUUGCAUUCGUUGCGGCAUUCAAGGCGGUGACGGGUCUAGCAGAGAAAGAUAACGAGCAAGGAAACCAGGAUCAGCUUCUGGGAUACUUGAGUCGAGGCAUGGCACUUCACUCAGAAGCUCAAGCUGUCACAGACGUUCAAAGCUCCUGCCUCAUGGGAAACGCGCUCAUCGUCAUGUACGCAAAGUGUGGGAGCAUGCCGGAUGCGCAACGGGUCUUCGACCGCAUGGCUGCCCCGGACGUCUUCUCGUGGACCUCACUCGUGCUGGGAUAUGUGGAGAGUGGCAAUGGUGACAAGGGACUGGAAGUCUUUGCAGCAAUGAUCCAGAUCCAAGGCAUCACAAGGCUAGACGUCCAGACUCUUGCUACUGCUCUCAAGGCCUGUGGAAGCUGCGCAAACUUGGACUCUGGCAAAUCGAUCUAUGCACUAGCAUGCCGGCUGUAUGGACUCGAGGCCGUGGAUGCUGUUCUAGCCAACUCUUUGAUCGACGUCUUUGCGAAGAGCGGUAGCAUCGUCCACUCCCAGCGGCUGUUCGACUCGCUAGCGGUGGCUUCCAGAGAGCUGGUCGCCUGGAACUCGCUCAUGGCCGGAUACGCUCGGCAGGGAAACAGCAAGCUCGUCAUCUCGCUCUUCGAGAGGAUGCAACGCGAAGCUGUGGUGAAAGCCGACGCUACAACUUUCGUGUGCCUCCUCACGGCUUGCAGUCACGCUGGCCUUGUGGAGGAGGCCCGAGAGUACCUCGAGGGGAUGAGUUCCAAGCACGGGAUAGCUCCCGGGGUCGACCACUACAGCGUCAUGGUGGAUGCGCUUGCCCGUGCGAAUAAGAUGGACGCUGCGGUAGCCAUGGCGGAGUCGAUGCCGGUGGAGGCUGCCAGUUACUACAAAGAGUCCGUGGCGUGGAGGAGUGUUCUAGGGGCGUGCUGCAAGUGGAAGAACUUGGUGGUCGGGAAGCUUGCGUUCGAGCGCCUGGUUGAGCUGAAUGAUCAAGAUGCUGCAGCUUAUGUGCUCAUGGAUAAUGUCACUGGUGGAAGAGGAGCUUGAGUUGAUCCAAGCAUCAAAGACAAGAAGAAAAAAAGAGUUUUUGUGACAAAAAUUGUUCUUUGGGUGAUAUUUCUGUAUUUACAAAUCACUGCUUCCACAAGAACAUGAAAAAAAAGGAUUUUUGGUAACAAAAUUAUUCUUU